CGCAAGAACUACUCUAUAACAGUUUCUUUACGAUAGUUGAGUACCCAACAUCACGGCGCAUCCUCACCAUCGGUGUCAGUUUCUUCAGCAAGUGUCGCGCGUACAAUAAUUGCGCGAAAAAAUGUGGAAUAUCCGACGAAAUUAAAUUAUAAAAAAUUAUCGGAACUUUGAUCUCGGCUAAAUUACAUGUUGUGUAUUAGUGUUGAAAGAGGAUACUGCAAGAGGAAGCUUUAAAAACAUUUUGUAAUUUGCAACCAAUGUUUUACUGAUUCAACUAAUUCAAAAUAAAACGACAUGGAUUUUGUUACGAGGUGGCGACCCCUUCUCAUCCUAGGUUUGGCGCUUUUCCACACGUGUCGAUGUGAUGAAACCACAGAAGUAGAAUAUAGUGUUAGUAGUAGUACUAGUGUCGAACAUGCGAAAAAUAGCACAGAGAGUUUUCCGGAGUCGGCCGCCUUGGUGGACCAAAACGCCAACCACACAAGAGAAGCCCUCACUCGCGAUGCCAGCGACCACGAAUCAGUGGUUUUCAUUGGUGACACGGCCGGUUAUGUCCCGAUACCCAAUCUGAGGACUCGGGACUUCCCCUCGGCUCCAGACGACGUCGACUGGCAUCAUCCGGUCGAAAGCUGGGAUAGGGAAUAUCGACGUUUCCGGUUUAACACAACGAGGGUCCAACACAUCGAAGCCGAAUGCCAGGAUGAUUAUAUGAAAAUCAGGAUAGGGUUCAAUGGGACCUUCACAGGGUUGGUCUACUCUGCAGGCUAUGCUUACGACCCGGAUUGCAUGUACAUAAAUGGCACAGGCCGAGAUUAUUACGAAUUUUAUAUUCAACUCAACCGUUGCGGAACUUUGGGAAAAAACACUCAUAAUGAAGAUAAUCGGAAAACUCCUACGAAAAAUUUUAUGUGGAAUACUGUGACGGUCCAGUACAAUCCAUUGAUUGAGGAAGAAUACGACGAACAUUUCAAAGUAACAUGUGAAUAUGGCUACGAUUUUUGGAAAACAGUUACAUUUCCGUUUCUAGACGUUGAAGUGGCGACUGGAAAUCCGGUAGUGUUCACUCUCACACCUCCGGAAUGCUACAUGGAAAUCCGGUAUGGUUACGGAACCAGCGGUAAUAGAGUCACCGGUCCGGUCCGGGUGGGUGAUCCUUUGACCCUCAUCAUUUACAUGCGUAGCAAAUAUGACGGGUUUGAUAUCGUCGUAAACGACUGUUUUGCGCACAACGGGGGCCAUAAGAAAAUCCAGCUCAUCGACGAAUACGGAUGUCCGGUCGACGAUAAACUGAUUUCGCGAUUUCGGGGUUCGUGGUCAGAGACCGGAGUUUACGAAACGCAGGUUUUCGCUUACAUGAAGACGUUCCGGUUUACCGGAUCUCCGGCACUUUACAUAGAGUGCGAUGUCAGAAUGUGUCACGGCAGAUGUCCGAGCCAACCGUGUCAUUGGAGAAACGUGAAAAAUAAUGUCAGGAAGCGUUCAGUGGAUUCAGCUCCUCAAACCACCACUUUGCCGGCAAACAUUGCCCCCUUAUCAGAAAAUGUGAAUCUGUUCCAGUCUCUGCGGGUGCUACAAGAGGGGGAAUCGGAUGAAAAUAGAAACGUCACCCUUACUCGCUACGAAGUGGACCCAAACAGUGUUUGUCUGAAAACCGGCUGGUUCUCUGCUCUUCUAGCACUGGGAGGGGGCGCAAUGUGUCUUUUGGGGGGCGCCCUUUUAGCCACGUGUACACGAAUGAGACGAGUUGCCAUAGACAAAGUAUUAGCAGGGUCCCAGUUUAAUGGUUACAUGAACCACAAGGGCAGUAUUAACUAAUUCUAAACAUGGACUAAUAUUUACAGUGCAAUUAUUAAAAAAAGCUUUAUUUUUAUAACGCUAUAUUUAUGAGCAACAGUGAGUGAUUAUGAAACGUAUUAUUAAAUUAAGUAACUAAUAAAUAAAAAACACUCAUUAAUUUAUUUUACCUAAGGAUUAGCAAACAAGCACUAGAAUAAUGUAUUUUAGAAAAAAGUUUCUUUUAGUUUUAGAAUACGAUAAAAUACACAUCCAUGGAGGAUUAGUUUAAAAAAUGAGUAAACUUCUUCUUCUGCAUGUGUAUUGUUAAGUGUGCGUUACAAUGCAAAACAUGUAUCGUACACUUUAAAAACUGUAAAUAAACACUUUAGUUUUAGUCCUCAAUAAACUUUUGGAAA